UAGACUCGUUGGACAGGAAAGCAUUCUAAGGCGGCGAAGUGUACAAACAGUACACUUCACAUAAAAACCCUAAACCACACUGCGGUUUCAAUCCGUUAAAUCAAACUAUAAAAAUCGAAACCAAAUCAGUUAUCCAAGAUCCAUCCAAUUCCAAAACUGUUAAUGGCUGGUCAAAGAAAUUCUUACGGAAACAAACGUUCACACUCUCACAACGACGACGGCAACAAAAACAAACGUCGUAACCCCGGCGCUGACGAAACACGUGACACAUUCAUGAUAACUCAAGACGACACCGUUUACCGUUACCUCUGUCCAAUUCGUAAGAUCGGUAGCAUAAUCGGCCGCGGCGGGGAGAUCGUGAAACAGCUUCGCGCCGAUACUAAAGCUAAGAUCCGAAUCGGUGAGACUCUCCACGGAUGCGACGAACGUGUUGUUACGAUCUACAGUUCGGCUGAAGAGACUAAUGAUGUUGAGGGUUCCGGUGAAUUUGUUUCGCCGGCGCACGAUGCGCUUUUAAAGAUUCAUCAGAGAGUUAUUGCUGAUGAUUUGCGUGGUCGUGGUGAGGAUGGUGAUGAGGAUGAGGAUAUGGAGAAGGAGGAUGGGGGGAAUCAGGUUACGGCUAAGCUUCUUGUUCCGUCUGAUCAGAUUGGUUGUGUGAUUGGAAAAGGUGGACAGAUUGUUCAGAGUAUCAGAAGUGAAACUGGUGCGCAGAUUCGGAUUCUUAAGGAUGAGCGUUUGCCUCUUUGUGCUUUGAGCUCUGAUGAACUUGUUCAGAUUUCUGGUGAGAUUGUGGUUGUGAAGAACGCUCUGAAUCAGAUUGCGUCACGGCUUCAUGACAACCCUUCACGGACACAGCAUUUGCUUACUUCUGCAGUUCCCGGGGUGUAUGCAGCUGGUGGUUCGAUGGUGGGUCCUCCUGGUGGGGCUCCGAUUAUGGGCAUGGCUCCUCUUUCUGGUGGUUAUGGGGGGUAUAAAGGUGAUGUUGGAGACUGGCCACCACGGUCCAUGUAUUCGGGUUCAAGGGAUGAAACUUCUGUGAGGGAGUUUUCAGUUCGAUUUGUUUGUCCAACUGCUAACAUUGGAGGUGUGAUAGGUAAGGGUGGUGGUAUAAUAAAUCAAAUUAGGCAGGAUUCUGGGGCGAAUAUCAAGGUUGAUAGUUCAGCAACUGAAGGAGAUGACUGUUUAAUAGCCAUUUCAACAAGAGAGUUCUUUGAGGAUUCUUUCUCUCCAACAAUAGAAGCAGCUGUGCGCUUGCAACCCCGGUGCAGUGAGAAAAUUGAAAGAGAUUCUGGUAUUCUCUCUUUCACUAGCCGGUUACUAGUGCCAAGCAAUCGAAUUGGUUGCCUUAUUGGUAAAGGAGGAACAAUCAUAACCGAAAUGAGAAGGCUUACAAAAGCUAACAUCCGCAUCCUAUCGAAGGAAAAUCUUCCUAAAAUUGCAUCUGAAGAGGAUGAAAUGGUGCAGAUUUCGGGUGACCUAGAUAUUGCUAAGGAUGCUCUCGUGCAAGUACUUACCCGACUAAGAGCAAAUCUUUUUGAUAAGGAGCGUUCUGUUUCAUCAUUCCUUCCACCAGUACUUCCAUAUCUUCCUCCGUCGGCAGAUGGACCAGAUGGUUUGAAUUAUGAUGGUAGAGAUGGAAAGCGACAUGGACGUGGACAUUCUUAUUCAGGUGGCUAUGGAGGUUCAAGUGAUUUGGCAUCCAGUGACAGUUAUGGAAACUAUGGAAGUUCACAGCUUGGCGGAGGAGGUGGUCCUUAUGGAGCUUAUGGAAGUUAUGCUAUGGGACGGUCUAGUACUUCUGGAUUGUCUAGUCAGAAUGGUGUUUCUCGGAGGAGAAACCACGGUUACUAAAACUUGAUGGGUCCAUGCAGGUUGAAUGGGUUACUCUGGGUUUUCAAAUCUGUGGUUAAAAUGUCAUUUAAUUGUAAGUUGUUCACUUUUCACAUUUCAUAAAUCCACACAGUUCUCUUUCCACAAAUCCACCCAAUUUUGAAAGCAAUUCGAUAGCUCAAAUACUACUGCUGUCAAAUAACUGCUAUCACGGUGUUGUAGCGCUAUAGCAUAGCAGAAUUUGAACAAAAUGCUAUUGCUCUGCAACACGCCAUUUAGUACAAAAUGUUGUCAAAUAGCCUCCGCUAUUGCGGCGCUAUAACACUUCAGCAUAGCUGAUUUUGAACAAACCACUAUUUUCCAUGAUCUACAAUUGACAACAUUGUGAAAUAUGCAUCCAGUCAACAAUUCAAACAAGUUCUAUUAGAUUUCCAUGGAUAAUGGGUUAGCGCUUGAUAUAUCAAUUAAAAAAGGAGUUUGAGUUCAAAUCUCAUUCUUCCGAAGGAGCCAAAUCCAGGGCACUAGUCUGGUGUAUAGUUUAGUUAGGAAUGGGCUAUUUAUCUUUCGAUUGAUGCUUGUUUGUUUUAUAGGUCUACCUUUUAGGCUGGGCAUGACUUAGAAAGGGCAACCAGCAUCUAUAGACCUUUCACAUAGUGUUGGGUCUAGAGAAGGGUUGGAUCCAUUGUGAUAUAUUGUAGGCAGUCUUACCUUGCAUGGGCAACUUUUGAUAUAUUAUAUCUUGAUAUUUUGUCAUAGAUCAAUGGGAAUUGCUAGGUUAUGGUUAAUCAUAUUUCUAUUUUAGUAAUUUUGUAUUUGUAGGCACUUGUGUUAGUCCACAUAAAUGCCAUGUUGACUAGCUCCAAUGCUAACAUUGGAGUAAACCACACUUUUUGUCAUUAAUUUUUUUAUUUUAUUUUUAUUAUUAUUUCCUUACUGUAUGAAUGUGUUACUGGUAUAACAUUACUCCAAGUACAUGUCUGGAAAUUUUGGACUUAAAUGAACUAAGCACAGGAGGCUCGGAGGAUCCAACUGUUGGUUGUUAGUUUUGUAUUCUGUUUAGGCUGUUGGAUAAACUUGAAUCAAAUGUUAACAUGCCAUUUGAGAUUCUUGGGAUUCUGGAAAUCAUUGAAGAAAUAUUUGAAGAUAUGGUGGAUAGUUUCAAUGACUUACAUGGUAUGGUGUUUUUUUUUGCCACCACCCCUAAUAUGUAAUGUUAAUUGAAUGCAGUUGAAUUUCUUAUUUACUCACUUGAGUUCUUGCUUAGGCCAUUUAAGAUUACAAAGGUCGUUUUAUGUUUCAACUGCAACAGAACAUAUAUGCAACUUUCUGUUUGACUUGUGACUUUUUC